AUUACUCUCAGCUGAGUUUAUUCGCAUAUAAAAGCAUUUAAAAAUCUAGAUCUGCUUGUAUUUAUGAGGUUAAUCUCGUUUGCUAGCCGGCUAACUGACCGUGGAUGCUUGCUAGUAACUUCGUCGUCGUUAAAGCUAAUGCAGAUAAUAAAUGAGGUUCAUGACAAAGCGUUCCGAUUUUUUAAAACCUUGCUUAAACGCUGUCAAGAUAUUACUAUAAUAUAAUCACAAUCUACUCAUAAAUAACAAUAAUAUCCCAAUAUAAGGGUUUGUUGUUAUGCAAAACUGAACUGCGUGCAACACUUAACGUAACGUAAGUGAAGGCAAUUCAUCCUGAAUACUCAAGGCUCAAACCCUAGUGAACUGUACCUAGACAGCAUUUUUGGGCAUUGUCUAGUUCUCCUCUAUGCUCCAGCUGCGGCCGGUGGAGGAGGAUGAAUCAGCUGCUGAGAGUCUGGAACUGAACCGAGCUGUGGCUGACAAUGACCAUUUCCUGCUGGCCGAGCUACUUUCACAAGAACGUUACAGGAAGUGCAUUAAUCAGCAGAGCGGUUGGGGGAUCCCAGGUACCCCGUUACGUAUGGCUGCAUCAAAAGGUCACCUGAGGUGCCUGCAGUUGCUCCUGGCCCAUGGGGCAGAGGUAGACAGACUUGAUGUUAAAGCCCAGACCCCUCUUUUCACUGCUGUGUGUGGGCGUUACCUGAGCUGUGUGCUCGCGCUUCUCCGUGCCGGAGCUAAUCCGAAUGGAAGUCACCUGAACAACAGCUCGCCCGUGCUCACUGCCGCCCGAGAGGGCGACCCGGAGAUCCUCCGCCAGCUGCUUCAGCACGGGGCGGAGGUCAAUGCCAGGUCAAAGGUGACGCUGUGGGCCUCAGGGGUUGCUGUGUGCAGCGGGCCGCUUUACCUGUCAGCCAUAUAUGGGCACCUGGAUUGCUUCAAAAUGUUGCUGUUAUAUGGGGCAGAGCCGAACUAUAACAGUCUGGAAGAGAAAGUGAUCGGCAGGGCCACGCAGCAGAAGACAGUCCUGGAAUUGUGUUUGAGACACGGCUGUGGAGUCGAAUACAUUCAACUGCUCAUUGACUUUGGGGCAAACGUCUACCUGCCGACCCUCAUUAUAGAAAAGAGCACCAAACAGAACGAAGCUCUUGAGCUGUUGCUGAAAGAGCGAGGGUGUCCGAAGACUCUUGCAUCUCAGUGUAGAUUGGCCAUUCGUAGACACCUGAUACAGGUGAACAAGAUUCAGUCAUUGGACUCUCUGGAGAUUCCACCCAGGCUCAUCGACUAUCUCAAACACAACCCUAUGAACAGUGUAUUGGUUUACUGACAAAACAGAGUACAAUCCACUGUGCCUUUACUAAAGGACAGACUCAAUCACUCACACACGGACUGGACUGGUAGACCAUAUAGACAUCAGAGGGAGUCGAAACAGACAGAAGAUCUGGACUAAUGACGUGGACUCGCUCGUAUGCAAUCUCACAGACGGACCGAUACACUGCUAACAACCCUGGUUUACAUGUAUGGAGUGUGUUAAACAUCCUCAUAAAUGAAUUUGCUUUAAUGUCCUUCAAAUUAGACUGUGUAAUAUUACCAGAAGUGUUGUUGUAAAUUCUUUUGAACUAUGCAUUGUCGUACAGUCUGUUCUGCCUUUUCAAGAUCAUGUGGAAGUUUUCAUUUCUCAUACUAAAUUCAGCAAUGAUAUUUACAGAAUCAUUAGUGUUUUGUUUAUCAGUAGCAGCUUGAUGAAGGAUGUAAAAAUGUUGGUAACUGGCUUAUUAAUCUUAAUAUGAUGUAUAAAAUCCACUGUGAUGUACUUGUAUAAAUGAAUCCCUUGUUUAGAGCAGAUGGACACUUCCAACAGAUGUCAUGUAACCUCCAUUGUGCAGGUAGCAUGUAAUGGAGAUCAUUCUGUUCCUGUGAGGUUAAAGACAUCAGUUCCAGAGCAAGUCCUCAGAAGGAUUUAUAGCAUAGGUAUUGAAGUAUCUUGCUUGAGCAUUAAAAAGUACAACAGUCUGUGCUAAAUGGGAUAUACAGUACAUAUGCAGGUGUAUUUUGAAAAUAUAAUUAUAGUAUGGAUGACAUCGGGCUUGUUAAUUGUUCAUAAAAUUGAACUGCUGAACAUCAGAAUGUUUAUCAGUGUUGUUUCAUCUAUAUUUACAUUUAUGGGGUAAUUUGAGGUGCCAGUUUCCAUAUAGUUUUUUUUUCCACUUCAUAAAAUAAUGCUAUUGCACUGAUGUGGAAAACUCAAAGUGCUAACAUUUAGCUGAAAGGAGCUGAGAUACACAAAAACAUACCAAAUACAGACUAGA